UUUACUUCUGCAUAGCAAAGGGGAACAGACUGUAUCUCACAUACAGACAUAUGCAGAAACCAACCGAGACCGUACUAGAGGUGACACACAGACAUACAAACACACCGAGAGACAAGCAAAGGGCAAAGAGACAGACAGGCACUUCGCAAGAGACAGAAGUUGCUGCAACCAGAAAGACUAAGAGAAGCAACUCAGAGGUUAACAGGGAAGCCGACAGUGACAUACAGGAAGGAGAAAGACACAGGAGAGCAAGACAAACAGACAAACAAAGACAGUGAGAUAAAGUAAAGGGAACUGCAGAGACUAUUUACUGUGAGACUGCGUGCAACAGGGACUGGUCUUAGAAGCCAGACACAUCGAGACAGUGAAAUAUAGAGUGUAUAACAUAUACACAGAGUUCACAUGAGAGAUGAAAAGGCAUGAUAGUAGCAGACAGUGACAGUUCCUAAGCUUAAAAGAUAAUGACACGCAAAUAUUGAGCUACUAAGUGAGACAGACUGAGUAUUUAUACAGGAAGGGAGAGGCAGCGAGAGAGUACAGGACUGAGUCACCAACGUGGAAAGAGAGAGAGACUGUGCUGUCCCAUCAUCAUGCUGGAGUGUACCAGGCACAGUCACUGAGAGACAGCCAUGAGCUCAGUAUGGAAAAGACUGCAACGAACUGGGAAGAGAGCAUCCCGUUUCACAUUUGUGGCCUCUUACCAGGAGCUAAUAUUAGAGUGCACCCAGAAAUGGCAGCCGGAUAAAGUAGUCGUUGUUUGGACUCGGAGAAACAGAAGAGUCUGCUCAAAGCCUCAUAGCUGGCAACCUGGGAUAAAGGACCCAUUCCGUGGAUCUGUGGUCUGGGCUGUUCCUGAAAAUGUGGACAUCACAGCAACACUAUACAGAGACCCACACUCUGAUCAUUUUGAAGAGAAGGAAUGGACAUUCCAGAUUGAAGGCGAGUCACGUGGCCACAAAAAGCUCCUGGCAGUCGGUCCUAUUGACCUACAAAAAUAUGCUGCCAUCUCUUCAGCCCCUCGUGAACUGAAGCUAACACUUUCUCCACGGUCUGUCAAGGUUGUGUCUGCAAUACUAACUGUCAGCAUCACCUGCACUCUAUUGCGUGAGGGCAAAGCCACUGAUGAUGACAUGCAAAGUAUUGCCAGUCUCUUGAGUUUAAAGCCUUCAGACAUCGCUGAUAUGGAUGACUUCAAUGAGGAGGAAGAUGAAGACAAGCAUCGUCCCAACCGCAAUUCUAUAGGACCGCGAGGCUACUUUGCAAGCAUCCGUACUGAUUAUUUUUCAGAUCACACAAGAGAAUUAAACACUCUUACAGAGGAAGAGGAUGAAACACCAGCUCUAAAAGUUACACAAAAAUCACCCACUGCCCUCAGUCCUUUAAAAGGAUUUCCCCAUAAAGCUAGUGAGCCGGUCAUUCCUCGACUGCAACAAAGAAAAGGACACGGUCUCACACCCCUGUCUGAAACACAAACCUCUAAUAAAGAAAACAGGAGAGAAUUGUCAAACACAGCUACAGAGGAGAGCACAGGAGGUGGACAGACCCCUAUCCACGAAGGCAGGUCUAAUGAGGUAUGGAAGAUGCAACAGGUCAAUCUUGACCAAAUGCCACAUCUCAAAGUCACCCCCACAAGAGAGCCUGAGUCAGCAAAUUGGGGAGGGUGGAGAGGAAAUGAGCAAAGUGUGCUAGAAGGGAACAUUUUGCAAAAGACAAAAUCAGAUACAGCUCAAGUUCCAGAAGUUGCAGUGAGAGUGAACAGGGGCUUGAAAAAAGAGGAAGUGCAGAGAAAAACUAAUGAUGAGAUGGCUCAAGUGAAAAGCAUUUUAAGCAGUGAAAACAGAGUGUUAUCCAUAACAACAGUUCCAGAUACUAUUAAUGAAGGAGGGGAGAGAUUUCCAGAAACUACAGUAAAAAUAAAUAGAGUUGUGAAAAUAGAUCCAGUGCAGGAAACAACUCUUUGUGGUGGAGCAAAAUAUAAAGAGAUGACUCAGGUACCAGAAAAGUUAGAUAAGACAGAAAGAACACUUAAAGGUGAAGUUCAAAAGACACCACCAAAAGCAAGUGAGCGUAAACACAGAAUAGCCCAAAUUCCAAAGCCUGUAGUUGUACCAGCUCAAAUAAAAUUAGAGAGUGACACUCUUACAUACACAGCCAUGGUAUAUAAUCCAGCGGACAAUGUGCUAGAGACUGAAAAAGCACAAGAGGCGACAAUACCAAAAGUUAUUGAUGGAGAAACUGAGAAUUCCUAUAGCAGUGAUCCCUUUAGUUGUAUCCAACCAACUAGUAAGCUAGAGAGUGGAAAAGCACAAGAGACAGCUUCAAAACCUAAUGAUAAUCAAGAAAUGAAGGCUUUGUGUGGGAAUGGCCAAAUUGGAAUUGAGCAAAGUGAGGAGAUAAUUGUGCAAUAUGAUAUUGUAAGCAAUGUAGAUGAAGUGAUAAGAAAUAGAGGAGAUGAAGAAAUACACAAAUUUGACACAUUAGUAGAAAAUACCUACAUAGACAUUUAUGAGAAAACAGCCAAAAUUGAGAAGAAAGUAGAAAUGUUUGAGGGUGGAGAGAACAUACAGCAGACAGAGGCAGAAAGUUCACAGGAAAGACCAGAGACAGAAAAGUCAAACAAAACUUCAAUCAAAGCAGAAGAGAACAUGCAGGAGAAAGACACACAACAUACCAUGAAUACAUAUGAUAUUAGUUUGCAGGACAUAUCACUUAAGGAAAGUGAGACAAUUCAACAAAUAACAGACAAAGAGGUCAAUGGAGCAACAGCACUUGGCCAGAGUGGAGUGCAGGAGAAAGCAGUUAUUGAUGAUUAUGAUGAUAAUAAUAAAGUAAAUGAACAUUCUAGGGCAGACAAAUAUGUCAUUGAGUCAGGAAGUGAUUUUGUAGUAAAUAAAACAAUGGAGAUUUUAAAUAAAGAAGAGACCAAACCUCAUGAUACUUUAAUUUGUGAUGUUAAUGAGGGAGAGACAGGGCAAUACAUAGAUCUUUGGAUAAAUGAGGGGGAACAAGACGCAUCAAUUAGUGAGGAGCAUGAGGCACACGGGGGGGAAGGUGCAGACAAAAAAUUAAGUAUGUCAGAAAGGAAAACAGACAUUGCAGAAAGACAGACAGAUACCAAAGUAGGGUUUGUGGAUGAGACAGCGCAGGAACAUACAGUCCUAGAAAAAAUUGCUGUUGACGAAGAUGUUCUCAUUCAAGAAACAUCAACUGAGUGUGAACGAGAGAAAGAGUGUGCUGUUGAAAUUGCACCUGUAGUAGAAACAAUUGAACAGGAAGUAAACAAGAUUACAAAUACAGCAAUCUUUAAAGAAAAUAAAAAGCAGGAGACCAUAUCAAUAGAAGAAAUUAUAGCUCAGGGGGAAAUGAGAAUUCUAGAAACAAAGGUUGAAUUCACUCAGGAGACACUGGGUGCAUUUGAUAUUGAAUCAAAAGAGAGCAAAAUGCAGGAAGAAGCACAACAUACAACCAAUCAAGGGAGAAAUAUUUUUGUUGACAGAGUACAACAGAUAUUACACAGGGAAAAUAAGGGAGAACUGGAAGCAGAUGAAGAACAUUAUGUGGCAGCAACGUGUCCUUCCGACAGAUUAGAAGAGGUAGAUGAAAAAGUGCAGCGGGGGCCAGUGAAAGGAGACAUACUUAAGAAUAAAGAGAGCUUAGAAACAGAAAUUGAGAAAACAAAUGAAGCUUACAAGAGUGUGACCUUGCAUACGUUAGAUGAGAGCAUGCCAGAGAUAACGCAAAAAGUUGUAGAUUAUAGAGUCCAAGACAAUGAGGGAGUUCAAGAGAGAGAAGAGGAUCAGGCACCAGGUAUACCAGUUGGAGAGACCGACAGACCAUCAUAUCAUGAGAGUGCUCCUUUUCACUCCCUUUGUGAGACUUUCCCUCAAAUCCCCCAGAGUACUAAAUUGACAAGGGUUGAAAAUGAAUCAGACCAGAAGUUAUCAGAAUGCAGAUUUUCCAUGUCCCCUCCUGCAACUCUCGGACUACAGAGGAGCGCAGAAAAGAAGACACUAAGCAAGUACAGAGGGCAAGAGGGGGAGAUUGCAUUCAAUAGCACUGAUUCACUUCUGCGCUGGUGUCAGGAGAUGACAUCAGGAUACCGUGGUGUGCGUAUAAGUAAUUUUACCACUUCAUGGAGGAAUGGACUGGCGUUUUGUGCGAUACUUCAUCACUUUCACCCUGAAAGAAUUAACUUUGAGGAAUUGGACCCAUUAAAUAUAAAAGAAAACAACAAGAAAGCUUAUGAUGGUUUUGCGGCUCUUGGGAUACCCCCACUUCUUUCACCUUCAGAUAUGCUCCUGUGCCCAGUUCCUGACAAGCUCAUCAUACUCACAUAUCUCUGUCAAAUACGCUCUCACUUUACUAGUCCUCAAAAGAGCACUGCUCUAGAAUCUGAAAAUGCUGAUCUUCAGAAAAUUGACUCUAUUUUAGGAAAGCAUGAGCUUUCUAUGAUUGCACAAAAAGAGCAAAGUACAAUAAAGCCCAAAACAGAGGAACAGGAUAUUGAAAACUCUAAACUCAAAGCACAGACAAUUCAAAUUCCUACCAGUGAGGAACACAAUAUUGUAAAUACAACUCACUUGGAAUAUAAUACACCAGAUGAAAAUAAAGUGAAAGAGGAAAGGGGCAUCUCAAGUAAACCUCUAGAAGGAAAUAAUUCAUCAACAUUUCAUCAUAAAGAAAAGGAAAUUCCUGUUUCUUCAGAUAAAGAAAAUGAGAAGAUUCAAUAUGUGACAUCUGAAGCACAAGAACCAAAGAAAAUAAAAACUGAGCAACAUGAUAUAUCGAUACAUCAAUCAGAGAAAACCAAGAGUCCAGACAUUUACUCUGAAGAAAAAGAGAACACAACUUGCAAUCUUGAGAAGGAGGAAACAAAGAUCAGUUUGCCAGAGAAGCAAGAUGCUGUGAAGCAAAAGGUUCAAUGCUCUAGCCAAGAAGAGCUAAGUAAAUCUAAAGGAGCCUCACAGGAUUCUGCAACAAAUGAUGAUGCACAAAUUCAUAACUCCACUUCAGUUGGAAAUGAAUUUCAAAAUUCCACACCCCAUGGAGCUGUUAUUCCACCACCUCGUGUUAGGAAAAGACUCAGUGCCAAUGGAAGUGUGUCUGAGAGUCACGUGGAGGAUGGACAAACUGCUUCCUCUUCUGUGCCAGUGGCACCACCUCGAAAAGCGGGUGGUUUAGGUCACCUCCGGGAUGCUGACCUUGUGAAAAAAAGGCGUUCUCUUAUUCGGACUCAGUCACUUUCUCAAGAUGAGGAUCCAGAGAUUACACAGAAAAAUAAUGAGAUGAGUUCGAGACCUUCUUCGCAAAUUGUGAAUGAGCAGUCUGUUUCUCCUCCUGCAAUUUCCUCUACGACUUUAAGUACUUCCACAGAGACUCCAGUGAAAGAUGAAGAAAUCCCAGCUCUGAAAGAUACCAGUCAGUAUGUUGCCUCUGAACUUGCGGCUUUAGAGAAUGAGCAGAAGGAGAUUGAUGCAAGAGCUGCCAUAGUGGAAAAGGACCUCCGUUUGCUUAUGGAGAAUGGUCAAGAUAAAGAGUCAGAAGAAACAUUGAUCCAGGAAUGGUUCUCACUAGUGAAUCAGAAGAAUGCUUUGAUCCGCAGGCAGGACGAGCUACAGUUACUUGCAGAAGAACAGGACCUGGAAAGGCGAUUUGAGCUCUUAAGCAGAGACCUAAGAGCACUGUUGUGUACUGAUGAUUGUAUGAAGAGUGAAGCUCAGAAGAGGAAAGAAAAGCUCUUACUUGACGAGCUGGUGUCUCUUGUGGACCAACGUGAUGGUCUGGUGAGGGAUCUGCAUAUCAAAGAGAGAAGAGCCGUAGAGGAGGAUGAACAUAUAGAAAAAAGCCUAGAGCAGAGAAGAAGAAAAUUAAGCAAAAAGGAGAAGUGCCGUAUCAGCUGAGGCUAUGGGAUACAUGGAGCCAGAAAUUCCCAAUGAGGGAGAAAGACUUUUUAUCUAUAGUUUGGCUGGAGAAAACAAGUCAUUUCAUUUCAAUUAUAGUUAACCACCUAUUACCGUAUGUCUAUAAUUUGGUCUGCAGUAACAUCUUUGAAUAUAUGUAUCUUGUUGAAAACCAUGUGCAUAAUUUAUAGCGAUAUUCUAUCUCUAAAUUUCUAAGGAAUGUUUGCAGCCCGACCCUUGACCACACAAGUAACGACCCUGAGAAACAAAUACACUUUCUAAGCAUAUCCAACCAUCCUUAUUUGUCUCAUGUCACAUGCUGCUAUUAAUAUAAGAAGUGGAAUUAUCAUUGUACAUUUUGUGGUUGCACUCUGGUAAUUUUACAUGCAUAAUUUUAUAUUAUAUUAUAUAAUUAUAUAUUCACAAAUUUUAUGUGCAUACUUUGGUAAGUUUUGUGUAAAGUAUUGAGUAUUAGUUGCAAGGCAGCAAUUGCCUAAAUGGUUGAUGUUCUGUGGUUAAACAGAAUGUUCUAAUAAAGAUGUCUUCCCAAGGUUUUCCAAUAGUUUAGAUACAGAAUAGUGUAUACUGUUAUAAGGAUCUGAGGAAUUGCCUUUUAAAUGGAGUAUACUUUGGUUUUAAAUGAAAACUAUAAAAAGAAAAAAAAACACUUUCCAAUUUAGUUUAUUUGAGUCUUCCACAUCUACUGAGUUUAGGACCUUUGAUUUGGGGAUGUUGGUCAGAUAACAAGCAACUACCGGUGGAAAAAACAUUGAUUUAAAUUGGGAAGACCAGUUUAUAGAUUAUCUAUAAUGUAAGCUCUAGGUCAUGGAUGACCAAAAUAUAGAUUCAUAGAUGAUAUAGAUAUACAACUCACAUGAUGCUGUCCAACUAAGGAACUUAAAAAUGGGGUUAUGAAAGUGCUUGUAAAAGGGUUUCCAAAGACCUGGAAUAGAAUAGUUUGGGAAUUUGUUCUGACUUGAAUAGAAAAAUACAGUCUGGUCCGUGCAAAAGCAAGAGACAUGGCCCAAAAGCAUUUGCUAAUUCCCUAUAAAAUAAAGCUGUCAAUUUCUUCUGUAAAAUAGCGUUUUAAUAAAGGAUAUGGUGUGGCGACCUAGCUGCUGCAAGGAAAUAGGUCCCAUGUUUGAAAAGCAGGCAUAUAUUGUAAACAUGCACUUUCUGAAAUUAGCAAAUCUGCCUUGUGAACAAAAUUCAUGAUAACAUCAUGUCUGCCUGAACAGAUCCUCUUAUGUUGCGGUUGACCUUUGCCUAAUAAUUUUCAAUGUCUCCCACAUGGAAUUGCACAUCUUUAUGAGCUAUCACUUCUGUCCUAAUAAGUUGCUCUAAAGAAUAUUUCUGACUACAAAGUUUCACUUUAAAAUUACUAGCUCACAAUCCUGGCCAAUUAUUAUUCUCUGCCAUUGAAACAAGUUAUUGGCUUGUGUUUAUUUGUGUGUGCCAAACACAGUUUUGUAUAGCAAUGUGGAUUGAGUUUUUAUUCAUGGUACGAGGAUAAGUGGAA